CCGCUUCCCGGUUUUUAACUCAAAAGUCAGAAUAGUUUUUUGUUCAUUUUUUUUAUUUUAAAUGAGUUAGACAAGUACAUAGAAAACAUACUUCACAUGCAACUCAAAGCAUUAGAUGUACAAUUCAGUUCAUCUCUGGAGCUAAUUAAACACGUCCAGGAGGAAUCUUGGUGUCAGAAGUUUAAAGGUGGGUGUUAUCAUCAACAGCGCGGCCAUUUUUAUCCUAUGCUUUCACACAUCAUUUGUGUUCCAGCUCAUUAUUGUUUCCUGCCUGUGGUGCUAUAUUUGUGUCCUCACGAAGCACGAUGUUUGCCAGCAAUAAGACAAACUUUCUUUGUCAACUCUCCAAUUGAACGAAGUAAAGUCCCUAGACUGUGCUGUGUCCUGUUACUCGGUCAAUUAGGACGAAUCUUCAACGAAACGUCAGUGGCUCUGCUUGAAUAUACAUCAUCUUCACUGAGGGUGUCAAGAGCUGUCGCAACUCUGCAGGGCAGACUCGUUUAGGAUUGUGACAUCUGGCUGACAGCUCAGUGAAAGCUCAUUAAAGUUUGAGAGAUGUACCACUAGAGGGAGCAACAAACAUUGUGUUCUGCUAAAUAAAACAUCUAAAACAAGUCUAUCAAGCAAACAAAAUAACCAGAAAUGGCCUUGUAAAUUAUUGCAAUUUUACCAGAUAGCAUGCUGUUGACCAAUACUAAUUAAAACCUCAAACACACCUUAAAUGGUGAGCUUGCUGGAUUACUUCAUAUUUCUCUAGUGGCUAGUCUGCCCUCUCACAAGGAGAACAACUCCAUUCCUCAGCCCCUUUAUAGCCGGGAUGCAUUGUUACAUCCGUCAGUUACAAUUCAUAAGGGAACUAAUAAUAUGUCUGAUAGCACAUUACAGCUCAUGUAAAUUCAAAAUGUAAAUCAUUUUGAGCAGAAUAUUGUGUAUUGAUACUUGUAUGCCGUUGUCCUCUAAAUUGAGUGUUGUAAACUUCAAUUUACCGUAGUGCACCCAAUCUCAACGAAAACAGAAAAACAGCGUGUGACUUGCAGUUAAUUUAAAGUUAGUAAUGUGUUCACACAGUUUUCAUUAUUAUGAGGAAACACUUAUCUAUUUUAACAAUUAAAACAAUCAAAUCAACAACAGAUAGCAACUGUCAAGCCUUUCCUUGGAAAACACAGUCUAUCUUGUAAAAUGUUAAGUUAAUGAUUCUGAGCUAAGAUCUUAAAAAAAAAUCUUAAGAUCACAUAUCAAAAGAGUUAUCUUUAGAAAAAUAGAGGAUGACAUCAUGCACUGUGGUCGAGUGGCUAGCACUGUCGCCUCACAAAUUAAAACCUCAAACACACCAUCAAGAUUUAACUUACUUUGAACCACAUUAUGCAAUUUAAAAGUUCUAUGAUAUUAAUCUCUCUAAAAGACAGUAAACAGGCAUUUUGUUUAAGGGACUCUGUGCUCAUUAGUGCUUAGCUUUCGAGAGAACUAGGGUAAUGUCUUCCGCUCCUUUUUUAGAAAAUGGGCUACUUCCUUAUGCAAAACAUGCACAGGGGAUUUUUUUUUUUGGUCAUUAUUUUCUUCUGCAGCGGUUUACACAGUAAGGGGUGAAUGGGCAAUGUGCUGAACUGCAUUAAGGAGAAAAGAACAGAGUGGGCACUCUGGAGAUGACACAAAAGAGAGAGGAGAGAGCACCAUAAAUGUUAAUGCAUUCUGUGUCAAUUCUACCAGCUCGGUAGGACCUCAUCUUUUGUUAUCAACAGAGAGUGUUAAUAGAUUCCCAUGCAGCCUCGCACGCUGAACAUAUCUGCUCCCUAUGAUAACGCUAAAAGGAUUCUUCUGUCCAUGAGAUGUGAGUCGAGUGUAGCCCGUCCUGAUCCUAGCCCUCCUCGGCCCGUUUUUUCUCUCCCUUUCAUUCCUCAGACCAUGUUUUGAUCAACACAGGAGUGGGGCUGGAGUUGUUGAGGGAUAUUUUUGAUGGCGAACUGCUUGUGAACCUUCCGUGUGCGUUAAAGAGAGAAGAAAAGCAGUUUGGAACUUUCUUCCUGUCGUACAUAUUCAUCCUGAGCAGGCCGGUACAGCUCAAUUCCAGCCGUACAGGACACGCACACGUAUAUUAUAUCUGAGCAAGUGCUCUACCUGCUGAGUCUAGUUACUGCAGCUAGUCUCAUUAUUCCUUCUGACCUGACAAAACAAUAGGGACGGAUCAAUGUGCAGUCCCGAGGGAUGCAAUAUGUAACCACAAAAAAACAUACUUUCCAAGAAUCUCUUUCACCAAGGAUGAACUGAAGCAGUCCUCUGAAUAGUGAUGCAAGACAUCCUCACUCUGCCGAGGAAAUUCUAUGAGAAGGAAAAAAAUGAAGCUGGAGAUGGUGGGGUUGUAUCUGUGUUGAUGGAUUGUCAUGGGAAUAGAGGAGAAGGGGGAGCAGCAAAGGAACGAGAGAAGCGUCUCUGAGGAAAAUAUCCCUUUUUACCAGAUAUAUUUGCAUAAGCUGAGGUGCAGGCAAUUUACAAUAGAGCAAUGGGUCUCUGAGAAAGCAACUUAAAUGGUGAGCUUGCUGCAUUACCUCAUAUUUCUCUAGUGGGUAGUCUGCCCUCUCACAAGGAGAAAAACUCCAUUCCUCAGCCCCUAGACCCGUAACAUUCAUAGCCGGGAUGCAUUGUACAGCUGCCAGUCACAAAUCAUUAGGAAACUAAUAUUAUGUCUGAUAGCACAAUGCAGCUCAUGUAAAUUCAAAAUAUAAAUCAUUUUGAGCAGAAUACUGGAUUGAUACUUGUGUGCCGUUGUCCUCUAAAUUGAGUGUUGUAAACUUCAGUUUACUGUAGUUCACCCAAUCUCAACAAAAAUGAAAAACAGCGUGUGACUUGCAGUUAAUUUAUUAUAAUUAAUGUAUAAACACAGUUUUCAUCAUUAAGAGGAAUCUACUUUAAGACUUAAAACCAUCAAAUCAAAGAUUUUUUUUUUUAUUGCAUACUAUUGCCUUUUGCAAAUACUUCUACUUUUCUUCAGCAGUCUACAAUAAGCAGGGCCGGUAUCCACACACACUCUGCACUAAGUCUCAUUUCUUUCAGAGCAAUCCACCGUUUCUUGGCUGUGCUUUGAAUUUAUUGUGAUAAAAGUAUUACAACUUUUCAGAACAGUGCUGCACCUUUCAGUUCAGAAUGAUUGGUGAGAUGAUGACACAGAUAUAAAAACAAUCUUCAGAUCUUCUCUUCAUCAUCUCCCAAACACUUCAUCCCAGUGAUGUGCCAGUACUUUUUUUUGAAUGACCUGUGGACACGGUGUCUUUAGAGUGGUAUUUUUAGAACCAAUUAUCCCCACUGCGUACCUACAGUCAGUGAAACUAGGGUAGAAAAUGAAAUACAAUCCACACUGACCAGGAUGAGUGUCUGUCAGAUCAUCGUGCAUGUGAGAUGAACUACGGUUGUGAAUUGUGUUAAGCAUGCAUUUGGUCUCAUUACUACAAGCUAUCUUGGAUGCCAGUAGGCAUAAAAUGACUUGUCAGUUAAGGGACAAGAAAGGAGACAGACUCAGUGUAUCUAUGCGAUGAAGUCAUCAGUACUGUUGUGCAAGCACAAACCAAUGCUGGUAAUCAGCCCAAAGAAGAACAUUAUGCGUGUCUUAAUUUACGCUUAGACUAGGAGUUGAUAUUGCCAUAUUACAUCUUGUCUUCUCUAAAAGGUCCAAUAGGGUUUAAAAAACUGCUAGUUUUCAUUCAGAAGCUGAGGCUUGGUUUGUGUGUGUGUGUGUGUGUGUGUGUGUGUGUGUGUGUUCAGGGGCGGGGGGGACUUAAACUCCAGUCCAGACCUCCUGAGGGAAUUUGCCUGCAGUGGUGUAGCAUCUGAGUGUAAUGUACAGAGACAAACAGAAUGGUGUUUACUGUUGAGCUAAAGUGGGUCGUAGAGAGGCUUCAGCAAGGGGUAAGCCCGGCCUUCACGCAAUUUCAGUCUCGCCUGAUUGCUUCUCCGCCCAGUCUUCCAGCUAGAGCUAUUAGUGCCAUGUCAAUAUUGUAUCAACAAUGGAGGUUGUAUGGGUCCAGUUUCCAUUGUCUCUGCCCAAGGGGCAAAGACGAGCCCUUCUCACUUAAUUUCUUAUGCGUCUGAGUCAAUGCUCAUUCUUGUACCUUGAGAAUAGUCCGUCUGGGCCCCAGGCUCGGUAUCCAGUGUGUGAUCUGCAUCAGAUAUGGGUCAGAUUUUUCUCAAGCACAGACAGCGGAAAGACAAAGGACCCCAUUUCUGUCAUGUGGCCCCUCUUCAUGUAGUCUAAAGACAGCCACUCUAACACAGAGGAACACACGCGCUGACACGUUUGUUGCUUCAGUCCACAAAAGCCAUAAUUCAAAUAAAUAAUUUAAAAAAGAAUAGAAGAAUCUAGUGAAUCUAAGAAAGUUCAGAAAAUGAAAACAAACACACCGCAGUCUGGUGGACUUUCUUGACAUAUUAUUUUAUUAUAAGUAGCAAUGCAUCACGUCCAAUGUCUACAUUUUUUGGAGUCAUAAUGAUUCAAGAAUAGCAUUUAGAAUUUACAUGAACAAUUAUUUGCCCCAGUUUAGCUUCUUUUAAAUCUUCAAGCAUGUUCCUUAAAUUGUCUUUUAGUAUAGGGCACUUGUGUUUCAGUAUUGUCGUGAUGGUCCUCCAGAUUUACGAUGCAGAUAAACGCUCAUGCACACACACACACACACACACACACACACACACACACACACACACACCAGCACAAGCGCACAGGAAAUACAGCAGACAGUUUUGUCCCUGUCCUCUCUGGUGGCAUGACCAUAGACCACUUAGUUUGGUUUGGAUCAAUACAAGGGGAUACUCAUUCCAGUAGCGAGGCCAAGGGGAUAUGAGGCACUCGAGUAAACAGGCUGCUGUCACAUGGAAGUAAUGUCCUCUUUGCCAUGGAUGUGGCCCUCUUUUAAUGCAGCUCAGUGAUACAAAUGAAUGGGCCUGAAAAUAUUUGGACUCCGUUGUGUGUAUUGAAAGCUUGGUCUAGCUCAGAACAGCCAUUGUGUCCCGAGAUAUGAGAGAAUCAGUCUUAAGUGCGUCUGUCUUUUCGAUUCAGUAAACAUACGCGUGAGUGUUCACACGAAUGUACAAUCAAAUAACCAUUCCAUGUUAUCAAUGGAUAAUGUUUUAAAAUAUACUUUAUAUAUACUUGUAUAUACUUACACACAAUGAGAGUAAAUGAUUAUGAAAUGAUGUUAAUAAGUUAUUAUCAUUCACUUUGAAGGUAGACGUGCAACAUAACCAAUGCACUAUAAAUAUACAGUAUAAUAUAGUGUGCUUAUUCGAAUAAUCUUAGUUCUGGUGAUAUUCUAUGUUAUUAUUAUUGUCAACAAAUCCCAGGUGAAGACCAAAACCAACAAUGAAUUGAUCCUACUAAUACUGUCUGUGUUUCCAAAGCACAGAUAUGAAAUGUUUAUUGUUCUUUGCCAUAAAGUUCCGCUGCUGUCCCAAAACUAAUAAUAAUAAUAAUAAAAAUGUUCAUCCUGAUAAUAAUAUCCCAAACUAUUGAAUGAGGCUUUAUUGUUAUUGUCUUCUUGCUGUCCCUCUUUUACUCUCUCUCUCUCUCUUUCUCUACUUCCAACUCAAUAUAAGUGGUCACUGUCUGCCCUAAUUAUUUCUCAAUAAUUUCCUCGUACUGAUUGAGUGUCUGAAUUUAAAUGGGUUUCUGUGCCAGGAAGCAGUGGGUAAAGCCUGUUGGCAUAGAAACCAGGUCUCCUUUUCCUCCCACUGUGGAUGCUGUAACGUGUCUGUAACUUUGCCCAAGCAGUGCUAUCCCAGCAGGAAGUGGUGUAGAAUCACUAACAUGGCUUGAUGGAAUACUGAAUUAUCAUGUAGUUGCUUCAUACACAUACGUGUACACUUGUGAUGUGAUAGUCCACUGGACUGAUGGUAAAACAUAGUCUACAGCUGGAGGCUGUUACAGAGGCUGUUACAGAGGAGGCAAGCCACAUGCCUUUUAUGUGAUGUCAUGCUGGCACGGUGGCAUCUGUACUGUGUGGAGGAGCAGCUGUGUUUGACAUGUGUCAGAUCGCUUCAUAAGACUAUGCUGCUGUUCAUAUGGCAAGGCAGAGAUCUGGUGUGCCCUCAACAAUACAAACUCAGUCGGGGAGAGCACUUCUUGUGCUUUUCAACAUUAUCUUUGUCCCAUCGAACAGUAUACGGCCAGAUCAGAGUUGUGCACGAGCAUUAAGCACAUUCACUUGUCUUCUUUGUAAUCUCUGCUGUAAUCAGAAUCUCAUCUAGAACUCAUUGCAGUGCAGUGGUGAGAACCUAAUCUUUGAGGUGUUUUUUUUAAUUGGUAGCCUGGGGGGAGAUGUUGACAGGAAAUAAGAAGCUGUUGUUUCUCCACAACACAAUACUAAUUAAAGUGUUGACUAGAAGACAGAGUAUCUGCUAAACUACCCUGCUGGGUGAUACACUGACACUGUGAAUAUUCCCCUCAGGCUAUUGAACAUGACUCUUCGGGAGAACUGUGGCAAAAAUCUUACACAUCCCUAAAAAACAAAAUGAUAGCUUCCGUGUACAAUGUCUCUAUGUUGAGGUUUUUUUGAAUAUCCUAGCUUUUGACAAGUGGACUUACCUUACCUUACAUUACCUUAACUUGUACCCUGUAGCAACACAUCCAGUUUUUAGACCAAAAUAUCCUAUUGCUUUGUUUUCUAGUAAUUCAACUGUUGGUUGGGGUGAAAGUAGAGAUCUGGAGAGUCAGACAUGCUUGAUAGAUGAACAUUUCCUCCCCCUAAACCUUUUUCUUUUUUCUGAGUAACACUGCUUGUGCGACGCACUAAUGGACAUGUACUAUGCCUGCAGUACGGCCACAGGAGCAUCUAGAUACACUUGUGAAAUGCUGUCACAAAGCAAAUGAAGCAAAGCAACUGUUUAGUAUGUCUGAACAUAGCUGUGUGCUGCAAGUAAUAUUAACAAUAUGCACAAAGGGCUUAGACAAUACAAACUCUGCUGUCUUUCUUCAACAUUUGGAGGUCAAUAGAACUGAUUGGUCUGAACUGUCCUUGAACUCAACUAGCUUCUAAAGUGUCUCUGCAUAAAGGAGAGAUUUCAUGUGUGGCACUAGUCAAAUCCUCUCUUAUCUGUAGACAGCUAAGGUGGAGAAUUAGUGCACACACAGAUCACUGACUGUCCUGAGGCCAAUUCACAACACUCAACCUUCAAAUACAUCAGACCCCUUUUAGAUUUUCACACGACAGAAUGUUUGUGUCUUGUAAUCAGGUCUCUUGAAGUCGUUUUCACACUCCAUGACUGACUGGCGACAGGGGGUCACACACUACAAGAUAUUUCACCAGGAGAAAUUCCCAAUGAGGUUUUCAAACUAUGUUUUGUCAAAAAGAUGUGAAAAGUGACGUGUAGUGCUUGUUGAUGUUGUUGGUACACCUGUUUCCACACGUCUUUACCGUUUCCCCAAUGUAGAUCGGUUAUGUGUUAUGUUUAUUCUUGUAAACAACAUGUGAACGCAGAAACUACGCAGAUGUGUCUCUUAUUUGGGGUCUGCGAGUGGAAAAUCAGGGCACACCAGGCAUUAGCCACAAUAUAGAUCCGUCCUGAUGGAUUGAUGUAGAGAGGAGACCUGUUUAGUAGAUAUUUUGAACAGUAUAUUUGGUGUAGGGGGCAGCCACCUCACUAGCAGCCUCGAGAACUGAGCCAGUACUAUUAGGGGUUUCUAAUGCAAUACGUGCAGUCUGUGCUUUAGGCCGCUGGCCAUUCAUAAACCAAUCUUUCACUUAGACAUGAAUGGCUCUACGGCAUUGGCGACUUCCUGAUCGCUGAUUGUUGCAUGCUUUCCGUGUUAUCACUGUGGAAAAUGCAAGCAUGUCUUGUCCCCACAACUUUUCUUGGCUCGUGCAAAGUAUUUGCAUUAAAUUAGUUUGGUCUUACCAUACAACACUCCUGUCAGGGUACAGUAAAUUGCAUUUUAUAUGUGCAUUAUGUAUGUUUACCAGACUUCAGCUUGGAUUCAUUACGCAAGGAACCACUGCUUAUGCACUCUUCCCUGUGAAGAAGCACCAUUCAUUUUGCAUGUAUUUUGGCCGAUUAUGUUGCCAAAACCCCGCACAACAACACCCAUCACAGAGCCAGAUCCCCCCACGGCCUUUUACAUCUACCUGGCACCUAAAGUGUGUCACCACUGGUGUCUAAAAUCCUGCUGGCUGUUGGGAUUGCAUGUUGGUCCCCUCUGACUUCUGAAAACAUUGGUCUCACAAUUUCCAUGCUUUUGAUGUCUUGGACAGUGGCGACACAUCAGGCAGCCUUCGCUCAUGACACCUCCUCCUCUGAAAUACCUUAUAAACCAGAGUCAAAAGGCACUCCAAAGAUCUUGCUCUUGUUUGUCAUGACCAUCUACAGUAGCCGAGACGAAAUCCUGACUGGGAGUGUGUGUGUGUGGGGGGGAGGGCUGACCCAGAAUGUGUUACACCCAGCUCCUUAAAUUUGUGUUGGUAGCAGGUUCUCCCCUGCCAUCAGCUUUUCAAAACAGUAUUUAGAUUUUGAAAUGAAGUUUCCCCCUUUUUAUUUUCUCUACCGUCACUCUACAUGAAUCGUUUCUAAAGCCCACCCUCAUGCUUCCCUACCAUGCAGCAGACAUUGCUCAGCUGCCCCUCUUUACCUUGUUCCACUCCCACAUGUCAGAAUGUGGUCAGAAGUGCCGAAUUCUCCUACAGGAACAGAACAGUUUGCCCAGCACAGCUUUACCUUCUGUUUCAACCCAGCAGCAACAUACUUACGCUGCGUGCACUUCUAACUGAAUGACUUCCCGUGCCGUAAAGGUAAAAGCCAGCAGAGAUCCAACAAACCCCAUAUUCGUCUCUGAAAGUAAAUAUCAUUCACCUGACUAAUGUUUCUUCAAUGAGUUCAUGUUGCUUGAAUGAUUCAAACCAGAGAUAGAAGUGAAAAGUACACAGUGAUGAAUCCUUGUAAUGUAUGACAUCAGAUUCCACGUAGUUAAAGUUCUGUAGAGUUUUAAGUGCACUUUGACUGAUUAACACUGGAAAAGAAGAGCAGUGGUUUAGUGCCCAUUGAUUCAACUUUGGGCUUUCACUACAUGACUCUAUCUAGUAGGAUUCCCACUUGACAACCGGCGCUGGCUGCAGAAUGCCUUGUAUUCAUACAUCUAUAUUUCUGAUGAAGUUUUCAAAACCAGAAUAUAUGUAUACUGUAGUAUGCUUCUUCGAAGAGUGUAUUCUUUUCUUAUGCUUUAUUGUUGUAGCGUUGUUUAUUUUCAAAGGAAUGAACUUCAUUCAAGAGUAUAAGCAAAAGACAAAAAUGCUUUUGAGAAGAGUGGAAGCAGUUUGCUUAUAAGUACUUUCAUAUUAAGAAAAAAAAGGACAAUUAUUUUUUUAAUAAACCUCUUUGUUGUCCCAGUUAGCUGGAGCGUGGCAGAGUGGUGCACUAACAAAGAAGCUUUGGACUCCUGACGGGAGACACAGUCUGUCCUUGACCUGUUCAGGAUGAAGCGCUCUGAGAAAGGAACUGAUCUCUACUUUGGACAGAUUUUAGGAAAGACAGCGAGACAGAGACAGACACGGUGCCCUGGUGGCCCACUGCAUCUUGGGAACUGUCAGAGGAGAUAGAGAGAAAGCCUCCAGAAAACUGCCGACCUUUGAACCCUAUCUCUCUCAUUGAGGAUUUAGUUUAUGCAUUCGCAGACACAUCAUCGUCACACAAGCACACACCCACUCACUGACACACACAUAAGUACAUAUCUAUGCGUGUACGUACGCAUGCACACACACAUACACUUUAUUUGCACUUAGGUUCAAGGAUUUUUGAAUGUUAUUUCCCCUGUGCGUGAUCUUAAUGUGUAUCUAAAUAGAUUUAUGGAAAUGAAUAGUGCUAUUGUGGCAUUGUUUAUGCAUUAGGAGAAAAAAAAAAUACUCUCCGUCACAUCAGCCAGAUUGCAAAUCAUCCUUCACCAGCAGACACCAACGACUCAAUGUGCAAUUUAAAAAACAUCCAUCUCUCCAUCUUUCGUGUAUGUAGUUUUGGCCUGCUCUGGCCCUGUUUAUGGAAGAAUGCUGUGUGCAUGUUGGUAUCUGUUUGUUUUCGUCUGUGUGUUUAUGCUAAACAAGAGAAGACAGUAUCAUUAUUUGGCUACAACCAUGCCACUGUAGUUUCAUGAUGAUAAAUGUUGUACAGGACAAAUCUCGAAUAGUGUACAGUUGCAUAUUAAUCUAAUGUUCAAUUUCUGUAGAACACAAGAUACUGCACUUCAUGAGACCAACACUCCAAAAUAAAUGCUGCAGUAUGUGAAUACGAAAAUCAAACCAAACAACUUUUAAGCAUUAACAAUAUCAAAAGAGUGUUUUUAAAUUAGCUUUUUUCACUUAAUUUAGUAGCUCCAUUCAAUUAAUUAUGUUUUAGUCAUUUGAGAGAAAAUUAGAGUACGGAUGAAUGAGUUUCAAUGUGGAGUUUUUCUUUCUUUGUUUUGCUCCAAGUGAAAAUGAAGUCAUUCCAUUACACCAGCACGCAGUGCCAUUUGCGGAUUUGAUUUUACAACACAAAUUUUGCAUUAUUUCCCAUUAGUGGGCCGUUUUAUCAGCUUGAGUGGUGUUAUUUAUGCAGUCUUCACAGCUUGCAUAAUGAACAGUUUGUGCAGCACAAAUCUCUAUGCGGUGCGUGAGGGCUGCUGCAUCUUACCUAAACCAUGUAGCUGAUUACUCUAAGCCUAAUGUGCAUGCAUCACUGACUGUGUGACAGUGCAACAUGCAUGAGGGAUGGACAUUCAUAGAAAGAGCUAAUCACUUAAUGAUGAGGGUAGUCACGGCUAUGGCGAUGAUUUAAACCUUUAGCUGCUUUGCUCUGCAGCCAAAGAUACUGAGGAAUUGAAAAUCACCAAGUCGAUGCCUUUUUCACCUGUGGGGGUCAGAGUUAACUUAACCCACUCUAACUGAUACAGUAGCGUAAUCUGACGGACAGGCGCUCUGAUGUAACAUCCUCCGCCAACACAAACAGUAUUAGCACUCUGACCGCCCUCUGUGCUCAAACACUCUACAGCUUGUGUGUUUGUAUUGAGGGUUGCCUCCCUGUAUCUGUCUGUUCUUAUCAUGUCACAUCUCCGGAUGACUAAGACAGAACUGCGUUUCUAUUUUCGUACUCUUGCAUACAUUAGCAUCAGCGCACUGUGUGCCUGUCUGUCUCUCUGUAGGGAUUGCAAAGCAUGUUUGAAUGAGUAAUGAAACGUUUGAUUUUCCGAGUAGACUCCCAGUUGUAUAAAAAGCUCAGGUUCAACAUUGUAUGUCAAUGAAUGGCAGGCCGUAAUAAUGGUGAAUACCAACGUUUUUCUCUUCCAGUGUACAAUACACUCCAGAGAUGAAAUCCUCCAAACACCCUCCUUUACAAGGACGCAUAUGUUGCUGUGCCUGACACAGAUGUGUCACUUCAGCACACAACGGGUAUACCAGGUUCAUGCAUGGCUUGGCCUUCAUGCUUGAUCUGCUCUGAGCAGGUUGCAUCUGAUGCACUAAACUGCACCUGAAUAGAAAACAGUAAGCUGCUGUAAUCAUGGACCUCCCAGCUCAGCGCUGAUUGAGUUAUUUAAAAUAAAAGUCAUUUGAUUUACUUUCUUGAGAUGUUUGCAGUAAAUAUCAUAGCGGCUCUUGAAGAGGAGAAACAUCGCUUUUAAAGUGGUCCGAAGUACCCGUUCCUCCCUCAAGAGUCUCUCCAUGUGUGAUAAUGUGUCGCCUGAUGGACCUCUAACUGAUUCAAAGGCCUUGCUCCAGUGGGGUCAGGCACUCUUAGACCACCCAUACGCUGCUCUCCCUCCACUAUUCCUCCAGUCCUCCAAAAAUCAUCUCAUCAGUGGAGUGUACUGUGGUGGUUGGAGUCUUAAGUGAGUAAGUACUAGAGACUACUCAUGUCCUUUUGUUCUCUUUUGCUCUCCAAGGGACUAUUACACCCAAGACUCUUCCUCUACAUUCCUCUUCUUCUCGCUGCUCACUUACACAGAGAGAGAGAGAGAGAGAGAGAGAGAGAGAGAGAGAGAGAGAGAGGAUUUCUUGAAGUUAGUUUAGGUGUUGGUCCCAGGUGUUUGCUUUUGUGCAGGCAGAAAUAAUUUCGUUGUGAGUGUUUUCCCUUCAGCUGCAUCCAUGUCAUCAGAUUGUCUUGCUUCUCAUACGCCAGUUCGUCAUGAUAAAUCGGAUCAGAGCAAAGGGCUACCUGCUGAAGGCUUAGUGGUAUCAUAGUUCAGGUGAUCUUAUAGGAAUUGAUUAGAAUCAGAAUCAUGUAUCCGAACGCAACUCUUCUUUCAUCGUUUGAAUAUAUGAAGUGAUUUGAUGCAGUAGUGAGGCUUUUAGUGAUAGUCCUAUAAUGAAGCCUUUUGUAUCCUAUGGAUCUGGUGAUGUACUGAAUAUUUUUUACUUAUUAAGCUGCUGGCUUUGUGAUAAACCAACAGACCUUUUGUGCACUUCACAGUUCCACCACUUGGGGGCACAAACUAACAAGUAACGAAUGGUGAACCUGAUCAAUGUAUCACUGCUGAUGUCAUUAACUUAAGUUGCUGCAUACUAACAAAGCGUUUCCACUAAAUACUCAGUACAAACUUGUACAAAUAGUUGAACAUGAGUAUACAUUACUCUUUUUUUUACCUGAAUAUCAAGUGUUUUUCUGUAAAACGUUUGCCGUUGAGGACAUAGUAAGUCAGGUUGUUGUCCUUGUCAAGCAGCCCUGAUAGAUUUCCUUAUUAGGUGUAAUUAUGCAGAUCGCACUGCUGAUAAUUAUAAAAGUGUAAACACAUUCAGCAGGAGCAUUCCUUUUCACCAAUGCAAAAGAGAACAGAGCAGUGGUUCCAUGCGGCUGACUUUUUAGCAUCAGGUGGCUGCACCAAGUUAUUGAGAUUGUACAAGGUGAGAACGGCACAUUUGCCUAAUGUGUGCAGCAUCUGUUUUCCACUUCAAUCGCAUUUUGCUACUAUAUAGCAACACAAUACCAGAUACAACAGAGAAAUGAGAGGUAUCCUCAUCUGUCCUCGUGCCAGAUGGCAGAUUAUAUCUCGCCGGUUAUGUUCAUUUCAUAACAAUAAAGUGACUGCUGUGAUCUUUUUUUUUUUUUUUUGCCAAAUUAAAAUGCAUAAUACAGCAACCAUGCUCGAACAUGAUUCCUCCAUUCUAAUGUAUUUGUACUCGGCGUAAUGUUCCUCAUUUGUUUUCAUUUAAUUUGCUCUUCCUUUCCUGAAGGUGUCUUUCAUUGUCUUCAUGUGAACAGUCAAUGGAGAAGGACACAUUAUCCUCUGUGUAACGCUAGCUAAGUUGGCUUUCUUUGGGCAUGAAAUGCCUGCAUAUUCCCUGUAAACCGUAAAGAUCAGCUCAGCAGUGCUUACAGUCUCCCCCCCCCCCCUUCCAGCUUAGAACACUGCAUUUCGAAGGGGAUGAUGUUGAAUGGCCGGUGUGCAAACAGAAGCAGGCACACUGCAGCUGAGCCUUGUGCUCUCCAGUCCUGAACUCUGAACACUGUGCACACUUCCCAGCUGAACCAGAUUGUGUUUAUCAGCAGGGCUUUUAUGUCCACAUGUUCUCCACAUUCCCGUAACCCAGAGUCUGCGAUCAGCAUUCCCUCUCUUGUGAGAAAUGGUCUUUUAUUAGCAGGCGAGGCAGACUUGCCCAGAUUCAGCACCCUCUCUGUGGACAGUGCUCAACUGCCAGCUCGAGCACUGUGCAUGCUUUGUUUACGUGCGAGCGUUGCGUGUGUGUGUGUGUGUGUUCAUAUGAUUGUGUGUAAGAGAGAUAGAGUUGCCUAUGUGAGCUGCAGCAUCAUCACUCUUUCUAAAAUCUUGCUAGCGACAGAUUGCAGAGUCCAGUCAAGAACCUAUAGAAAACAGUUUUGCUGGGGGAUGGCGAGGCAAGGAUUGGGUUGGACUGCUUGGCUUCAAUUUUUUAUAUCCGCAGGACUGUUAUCAUACAACAUCCCCAAAUUCACAGAGAGGAAAAUAAAAGAUAGAGGAAGGGAGACAUGGAGUGGUAGAAAAGGAAGAAUCUAGAGAUCACAGGGUAAAAGUAGAAACAAAAAUGAAUCAAGCCUGUCCUGCUUGCUUUCUUUAUUCCUUUUACUGCUCAUGAAUGUCCACACAGGAGAGUGGAUUGAAAAUGACUGAACAGGGAGAGCAGAGGGAGGUUGUGAAAGGAAUCAGGGCUGGGGGACAUAGCUUCAAUUCCUGCUAUUCUGCCUAAAUAGGCUCUUCCUCUGUAAUGCACUCAGGCUCCAGUGAUUCGCUAUGUGAAUGCUGCCCAUUUGCAUAGCCACUCUCUCUCCUGCUUCCUGGCUGGCUGUUGAGGCUCCCCCUCCCUCUGUCCUCCUCCUCCUCCUCCUCCUCCUCCUUCUCCUCCUCCUCUCUCCCCUCUCCCUCUUGCGCACAUCUUCUGGUACUGCGCUGCCGACGCUGCCCGUGUGCGAUUGUGUGUUCCUGCCCAGGGGCUGCUCUCUCAGGUGCUGUCAUUGCUAUCGCUUGGUCUCGUUGAGAGCAGAGAUCUCUAGAUGGGCAAUGGGUGCGCUACUUGGCACAACUUACAGGCGCAAUCACGCCGUCUCCCGCGCGCUGCUGCAGCUGUCCAACUCAUGUAAAUGAAUCUCGGAUUUAACUAUGGUCCCAUUUCUCUGGACAUCCUUUGAGACAACUGGAGGGGGAAAAGAAGAGAAAAUCCGAAUACCUGUCUUGAUUUUCUGAAGAAAUUCACUUUGUACAGGUGCUAUCAGUCUGCUUCUGAAGUUGGCUUUCUUUUUUUUCCCGGCAGCUGCAUUUUUUGGAAUAUUAACAUAGUUUUUCGUGGAAGAUGUUUCCUUUUGUGAAGGCUUAACAGCAGGAGAAAGAGAAACAGAAUAACGGAACUCUGGGAAUCGGAGCAAGCUGGGAUUUCUCCACUGCUGUUUGAGGUUGCCCUCAUUUCUUGAGUGAAUGUUUCUGAUUGUUUCUGUACGAUGAUUCAUGAUACCUCUUUGCCUCCCUGGGUGCUGCUACGGAUUUCUUAACUAAGUGGAGAACAGCAAGAGGCUUUUUUUUUUAUCUCACAACCGACAUUUUGUGUGGUUUACCCCUUUGCUGUUUUUUUUUCUUCUUCUUUCACUGUGGAUCUGUGUGAGUGUCUCUUGGCAAAGUGAAUUUUAGCAAGGUGAGAAGUAUGGGGCUGUAAGGCUCACCGAAGUUCCACCUUGAUCUGAAGCCUCAUCUGGCAACUCAGGGAAAAUGUUCGGAGGCUGGUGGACACAGUUUCCUCCCCUGAGGCCCCUAACAGAGCCCCUAAACCGGAAUUCAGCCUCACUCACCCACCUGGCCUUGUGGAUCACUGCCCUGGCCCUGGGCUUUGUGGCCGGGUCAGAACCGGGUGCUGUGGAGAGUCUCCACCACAUUCACCUCUCCCAUGGAAACAAGCGUCACCAUAUUGUGCCUAUUGCCAUCCACAGAUCACCUGCGUCCCUUAGAGCAGGGCACACGGGAACGACGUACAUAUUUGGGCGAGACGGUGGACUGAUCACAUACACGUGGCCGCCAAAUGACCGUCCCAGCACGAGGGCAGACCGGCUAGCCGUUGGCUUCAGCACGCACCUGAAGGAUGCUGUCCUGGUGAGGGUGGAUAGCUCCUCUGGUCUCGGAGACUUCCUGAAGCUGCACAUCGAAAAAGGAAACAUUGCCGUUGUAUUUAAUGUCGGAACAGAUGACAUUAACAUUGAGGAGACGUCAAAGUUUGUAAAUGACGGAAAGUACCAUAUAGUGAAGUUUACGAGGAGUGGGGGUAAUGCCACUCUGCAGGUGGAUGACCUGCCAGUCAUUGAGCGCUACCCUACAGGCAACAAUGAUAACGAACGCCUGGCGAUUGCUAGACAGCGAAUCCCAUACCGACUUGGUCGAGUAGUUGACGAAUGGCUACUCGACAAAGGGCGGCAGCUUACAAUCUUCAACAGCCAAACCACUAUACAGAUUGGGGGCUGGGAGAGAGACCGAAGUCGAUCCUUUCAGGGCCAGCUUUCGGGCCUCUACUAUAAUGGCUUGAAGGUGUUCAACAUGGCCGCAGAGGGAGAUCCCAACAUUAAGAUCCAAGCCAGCGUGCGGCUUGUGGGGGACUCGCCCUCCUCUAUCACACCGCAGUCGAGCACCACAGCCAACCGCUCAGAGACGUCCACGUCCAACAUGGAGAUAACCACCACCACGGCGUCCAGCAGGCGAGUCAAACAGACUACACCACGAGAGCCUCAGCAGACAACCGACGACUUGCUGGUGGCAUCAGCCGAGUGUCCGAGCGAUGAUGAAGACAUUGAUCCCUGUGAGCCGAGCUCAGGUGGGUUAGCCAAUCCCACCGGUGCUGGACCAAAGGGUUACCCAGGCACGUCGGAGGUCUUCCGGGAGUCCAGCAGCACGACAGGGAUGGUGGUUGGCAUCGUGGCAGCGGCGGCGCUGUGUAUUCUCAUCCUGCUUUACGCUAUGUACAAAUACCGGAACAGAGACGAAGGUUCGUACCACGUAGACGAGAGUCGCAACUACAUCAGCAACUCCGCGCAGUCCAACGGCAGCAUCGUCAAAGAGAAACCGGUGAACACCGCAAAAACCUCAAGCAAGAGUAAGAAGAACAAGGACAAGGAGUACUACGUGUGAUUGUCAAAGCUUCGGUCUUUGCUAGACCAACUUAAACAUUUGUGGAAGAGACAAAUCAGGACUUCAACAUGUGUAUAGUAUAAUAACAAAGAUGAACAUUAUUUAGUCAUUUUUCCUACAAGACAAUGCUCUGAAAAGUAAAUAUGAAAAGCGAAAAAAAUAACUUUCUUUAGACUCAAGCACUUGAGACAGUUGAAAAGAUUCAGUCCAGAUGGAGACUGAUAGAAAAUGGCUCUGGCGACCAGUCAAAAAUGAACUGAAUACAUAUCUAACAUGACAACCAAACAACAUUAACCCAUCUGUGACUUGAUUCCUUGGCCAGGAUUAUGUGAUUGAACUCCCUUGUUUCUGGUAAACAGAGGAGCUGAUGCACUUUGCAAAGGGAAAAUCAGCAUUACAAACUUACUGUUUUCAUAUACAUUGCCUGUGUUUGUGUUGAUGAGACUUUUUCUAGAGGAAAUGACACAAUGCAUAAAUAGAUACAUGGAUAAAUAUGCCAAACAUUUACUGUGGAUUUAAAAAAAAAUAAAAAAUAUCAGGUGACGUUGAAGUCGGAGAGAGAAAAAAAAUACCCUGAUGGAUGUCCGAGGAAUCAGCCAAAGUACUCACUUAAGAGGCGGUGAUGGCCGGCAAAGACUAAUACCUGGCUGACUGAGCUGCUGCAGUACAAAGAUGAGAAUGGAUGGCAGUUUCUCUUGAAAGACUAUGUUUUAAAAGAAUAUGUCAGUUGUGCCAGUAAGAAAUCUGGAGACCUUCGUUUUCACAUCGUGUGAACUCAAAGGAGAGUUUCCUCAGAAUCAUGGGGAUUGCUCUAAAGUGAUAAUUUGGGAGCCAUGCACGCACAAUUAUCUUAUUACAGUACAUAUGUUUAUAUACAGUACAACCACAUCUAUAUGUGCUUUCUGGACUGUGACAAAGUGGUGUUUUAUAGCCUGUUGUAUAGAUGAUGCAAACUAUAACUGCUCCUCAACCAUUUUGGAAUAAAAUGAAAAAAGGACAAAAAGAAGACAUAAGUGUUAUUAAGUGUUGCUAGACAUAGAAGAUUUUAUGAAAACAUCUGCGUUUUUCUCAGUUGGAUAAUAAUUUGAUUCUCCCCUGUUUUUUUUUUACAUGUGUUCCGAUAUAGUUUUUAUACAGAUGCCAAUCCGAGAUAGAUGAUUCCGGACCAGUAGUAGCCUAACCCUUCCCCAAAAACUUCACAAGGCGUUGAUAGGCGGAGAGGCGUGGCAUGACAACUUGUGUGGCGCUCUUUUAAGGAUACCGGUAGAAUCACUGCCUUCCUCCUCAAUCCUGACUUACAUGAGUGAGAAUGAACACCAGGAACAUGAGUGUUGAUGAUGAUGAUGAUGAUGAUGACAAUGAUUAAAAUAAAUAAACUUGCUGUGUGUGUUUCCAAGUGGUAUUAUAAGAUUGUCUAAUGUGUGCUUGGGCUGAUGCAAAACCGGAGGAGAAUAGCUCAAAAUAAGUCUCCAUUUCAACUGUUCUGUGUUUGUUCUGUCAUUCUGUCAGUCAAUUCUGCUUUCCGGUACUGUACUUGGAAUGAGUAUGAGGAAAAUGACCAUGAACUAUAAAUAAUGAUUAUAAAUUCUAUUUGUUUGCUCUUCUUUUUUUUGUUCUUGGGUGUUUUGUGUUCAACUGUAACACUUCUUGUACUCCACAAAAAAUUUAUUAUAAAAACUAGUUUUGAAGACUCCAAUGAAUAAAAUACUACCUAAGUGAACUUA